UGCCAAUAAUGUGUGGAUUUCAGCAGUGAUUGUGUUCCGCAUUGUGUGGGUGUUAGCUGACAUUUCACCUGUAUCAACAGAAUUCACAGAUUGCGUAAAUUCUGUUGUCAACAAUUUGUCAUGGUUAUGGACGUCGUCACGUCGUGGGUUAUUGUACGGCGUUACGAUCAAGAUAACAAAUGUCCACAAGGAACAGAUGGCUUCAAUUCACCACCUAUCCCUAUACAUUUAAAACAUGACUCAAAUUUUAUGGAAAUUAAAACAGAAAUAAAAAACUGCUUAGGGCUCCCACAAGAUGGUUUUGAAGUGAUUAAACUAAGAAAUAAAGAUGGCACGCUACUAACAUUGUCAACUUUACUGCAAGGGAACUCUGCAUCAAAUCCGUACUACUUGGAUAUUGCUCGCAUUCAUCAAAAUACCCCAGCUUCCCCGCGAGUGGCAUUCUCUCCUACGUAUAUUGAGACAGUGAAAAAUAAGCUCGACAGUCUAGAGAAGCGUGUGUCCUGUGUCGAAUCGUUAGUUCCAGAACUCCGAACACAUCGCAUGGCAACAAUAGAUCGUACUAUGCAACAGCUGUCGUCGAAGGUUAAUUUCCUAGAUAAAAGAUUGGAAGAGCUCGCGCCCAUGGAAUGGAAAGCUCAUUUUCCGCAUACUUGAAGUGUUUAAUUAUGUGUUUGGUUUACACUUACGGUAGAAAGCUUUGUGUAUGUGGCUCUUUUUUUGUCCACUAAGCUGCAUUUCUCGUUACACAUCAGUUUGUAUAUUGAUUCUAGAUAGCAUAGCUUAACAUAACUAAUUUGUAUGCUGUUACAUAUAUUUAAGUAUAUCAUUGUAACUAUAUGGACGCCGAAGUGAUGUGUCAGUUACCGUGUGUCACUUACACUACAGCAGGAUGUUGUCGCUUGUGCUGAAUGAUACUAAUCUGUACAUUGAGAGCCCAUCAUGUUUCUUGAAUAAUGGAAUUACAUAAGUGUUUCAGCAUUAAUCAACUACGCAUUUAACCUAGACAACAUUUGUAAUUGUUACCUAAUAAUAAAGAUUUUUUAAC